AUGACAAUCGCUGGCUAUCUGGUCGAGUUUCGGAAGGACAGCAAAAAGCGCGAGAGACUGCUCAAACGGGAUGCGGGCGAGCUGCGCCGCGACGAGAGCGCGUCCAACUUGGUGGUGACAACGUGGCAGAUGUCGUUUGAGCAGAUCCAGCGUGAGCGGCGGUCGGCAGCCGAGCUGCUGUCGCUGAUGAGCUUCUUCAACCCGCAGGGCAUACCUGAGUCGGUGUUGCAGGGACACACUAGAGCAAUUGCAAGAGCGGCAAAGUUGGGGGAUGAUGAAGACGCAGAUAGCGCGUUCGACGAGGACCUGGACACCCUACAGGCGUACUCUCUAGUGUCGACGACAGCAGAUGGUGAAGCAUUCGAAAUGCAUGCUCUGGUCCAGUUCUGUACGCGAGUCUGGCUAUCGUCGUGUGGCGAUGCAGAGCAGUGGGAGCAGCGAUUUGUGGCGCUGAUGGCGCAAGAGCUUCCCAACGGGGAGCAUGAGAACUGGGCAAAGUGCCAGCAGUUGCUUCCACACGUCGAACCGCUCUUUAGCACUCAGCCAGCCGGCGAAAGAGCGUUGAAGGCAUGGGCGCAGGUGCUUACCAACGCAGCAUGGUAUCUGUGGGAGAGAGCAGGAUAUACUGUGGCGCAACAGAUAGUAGCUAAGGCGAUUGCCGCCAGAGAGAAAGCACUAGGGCGAGAAGACCAACUGACACUAGAGAGCAUAGAAAUGCUCGCUUUAGUGCUGCUCUGGCAAGGCAAGUACAGUGAGGCAGAAACGCUCAACCGGCGGGCGCUAGAAGGAAGGGAGAAGCUGGGCCAGGACCACCCCGAAACGCUAACAUUUGUCAACAACCUCGCUUAUCUGUUACACACGCUGCGCUGGUACCCAGAAGCUGCUGAGCUUUACAAACGACCUUGCGAUGGACGCACCCAACAGCUUGGUACUCAUCAUCCACAUACUACUGCAACUCGCAAUAACUUUGCAGCUAUGCAGCAACAGGCAAUGGAGGCUAGAGUAGCGCAAGGCGAAGGGCGGAAUCGUGGAACAGUCGACGAACGCUCGACACCUAGGAGUCCCCAUUCGUAG